CAGUAGCUUCGAUGCGGGUUUUGAUUAUUCCAGUGUUUCCCCUUGCGAUGAAAGCGAGAAGCUUGACAGCGGGUGGGUUGCAGCAAGAGGCCCAACCUAUUCAUCCCUCAGGAUGCUCGGUGUCUUCUGAGUACGUACUCUGUGGCACCUGUAAGUGCUGUGGGGCGCAGGGCUAGCUAGCUAGGCCUCCCUGGGUGCUCAGGGGUUAAGGCCUGUCUGGCCACGUGAGCGUACCUAGCGACUGAGCCACAAGCCCUCCUACCUGCGGGCUGGCCGAUCUUGCACUCACCAUUGCUCAGGACCUGCACAGUCCUGCCGGUUCCACCCGGCAAAGGUACGCGCCCGCUGUUCCUUCCACUCCGCUCGCGCUCAGCAAACAGGUUGUCCGGCCUGAGAAGCCAGCUCGGGUCUCCUCCCUGCCACCCAUGCCAGACAGCCAUCCAGGACCCAGCUGCCACCGCCCACCCUGCGUCCACUCACUCAGCCUUCCAGACGGGUGGCAGACAUGGAAGAGCUGACCAUCUGGGAACAGCACACAGCCACACUGUACAAGGACCCCCGCCGUGGCUUUGGCAUAGCUGUCUCUGGAGGCCAUGACCGAGCCAGCGGAUCCGUGGUCGUGUCUGAUGUGGUACCCGGAGGCCCUGCUGAGGGCAGGCUCCAGACCGGGGACCACAUCGUCAUGGUGAAUGGUGUCUCUGUGGAGAAUGUCACAUCUGCCUUUGCCAUCCAGAUCCUUAAGACCUGCGCCAAAACAGCCAACAUUACGGUGAAGCGUCCCCGCAGGGUCCAGCUGCCUGCCGCCAAGGCUAGCCCAGCGUCUGGCCACCAGCUCUCAGACCAGGAGGAAGCCGACCAUGGCCGGGGCUACGACGGGGACUCCUCCAGUGGCUCAGGUCGCUCUUGGGGAGAGCGUUCCCGCCGGUCCAGGGCAGGUCGGCGCGGCAGGGUGGGCAGCCACGGGCGCCGGAGCUCGGGCGGCGGAUCGGAGGACAACGGUCUGGACCUGAUGUCUGGCUACAAACGCUUGCCGAAGCAGGACGUGGCGAUGAGGCCACUGAAGUCCGUGCUGGUGAGACGAAGAAACAGCGAAGAGUUUGGGGUGAAGCUAGGCAGUCAGAUCUUCAUAAAACACAUCACAGAAUCCGGCCUCGCCGCUCGGAACUGUGGGCUGCAGGAGGGAGACCUUAUCUUGCAGAUCAACGGAGUGUCCAGUGCUAAUCUGUCCCUGAGUGACACACGAAGGCUCAUUGAGAAGUCGGAGGGGGAGCUGACGUUGCUGGUGCUGAGGGACAGUGGGCAGUUCCUGGUGAACAUCCCCCCCGCCGUGAGCGACAGCGACAGCUCCCUAAUGGAAGACAUCUCAGACCUGACCUCGGAAUUGUCCCAGGCGCCUCCUUCUCACAUUCCUCCACCACCUCUGAAGGGCCAGCGGAGCCCUGAGGACAGCCAGACGGACUCCCCAGUGGAGACCCCGCAGCCCCGGCGGCGGCGGGACCGGUCAGUGGAUUCAAGAGCCAUCGCUGACCCAGAGUGUCCUGGAGAAGGCCGCUGUGACAUUUACCGGGUCCCUAGCCGCCAGAGCCUAGAGGACCGUGGCUACAGCCCCGACACUCGGGUCGUGCACUUCGCCAAGGGCACGAGCAUUGGUCUGCGCCUGGCUGGCGGCAAUGACGUGGGCAUCUUCAUAUCUGGGGUGCAAGCCGGCAGCCCAGCUGAUGGGCAAGGCAUCCAGGAAGGGGAUGAGAUCCUGCAGGUGAAUGGUAUGCCAUUUCGGAACCUGACUCGGGAGGAGGCUGUGCAGUUUCUGUUGGGGCUGCCUCCAGGAGAGGACAUGGAGCUAGUAACACAGAGCAAGCAGGACAUCUUCAGGAAGAUGGUCCAGUCCCGUGUGGGUGACUCCUUCUACAUCCGCACACACUUUGAGCUGGAACCGAGCCCGCCCUAUGGCCUGGGCUUCACCCGCGGUGAUGUCUUCCACGUGGUGGACACGUUGUACCCAGGCUCUGGGCCAGGCCAGGGGCACAGCAGCCAUGGGGGCCUCUGGCUGGCCGCCCGCAUGGGCAGAGAUCUCCGAGAGCAAGAACGCGGUGUCAUCCCCAACCAGAGCAGGGCCGAGCAGCUGGCUAGCCUUGAGGCCGCGCAGCGGGCCGCGGGCGUGGGACCAGGCGCCUCAGCUGGCUCCAACCCACGAGCAGAGUUUUGGCGACUCCGAGGUCUCCGCCGAGGGGCCAAGAAGACAACCCAGAGGAGCCGUGAGGACCUGUCGGCGCUGACCAGGCAGGGACACUACCCGCCCUAUGAGCGUGUGGUGCUUCGAGAAGCCAGUUUUAAGCGCCCCGUGGUGAUCCUAGGACCAGUGACAGACAUUGCCAUGAAGAAACUGACAACAGAGAUGCCAGAACAGUUUGAGAUUGCAGAAAGCGUGUCCCGGACUGACAGCCCAUCCAAGAUCAUCAAGCUGGACACAGUACGGGUGAUCGCAGAGAGGGACAAGCACGCGCUCCUGGAUGUCACCCCCUCAGCCAUCGAACGCCUCAAUUACGUGCAGUACUACCCCAUCGUCAUCUUCUGUGCCCCGGAGAGCCGGCCGGCCCUCAAGGCCCUCCGGGAGUGGCUGGCCCCUGCCUCUCGCCGCAGCAGCCGUCGCCUGUACUCACAGGCCCAGAAGCUGCAGAAACACAGUGGUCACCUCUUCACGGCCACCAUCCCCCUGCACAGCACUAGUGACUCCUGGUACCAGGAACUCAAGGCUGUGAUACAGCAGCAGCAGGCUCGGCCGAUCUGGACCGCGGAGGACCAGCUGAACGACUCAUCUGAGGACCUUGACCUGCCGGGCCAUGGCCUGGCCGCUAGCUCUGGAGACCUCAGCUGUGACAGUCGGGCCAACAGCGACUAUGAGGACACCGAUGGCGAGGGUGCCUAUACGGACAGAGAGGAGGGACCCCAGGACGUCGAUGACGAGCCUCCUCCCAUGGCCCUGGCCCGGUCCUCAGAGCCCGUGUGGGUAGACAACCACCAGGGGCUGAUGGGUCAUGGGAUGACCACAGCAGAGUGGGAGACACAGGCGGACAGCCGAUACACCCGGGACCAGAGGCACCAGGACAGCAUGCUACGGACCUACAAGCACGAGGCCCUGAGGAAGAAGUUCACAAGAGCCCGGGAUGGCGAAUCCUCUGAUGAAGGCUAUGACUGGGGCCCAGCCACUGACCUGUGACCUUUGCAGUCACCAGCCUGCCACACGCCAUCAAGCUUCUGACCAUUUAAUAAAUCUUUAAAUUUUUUUUA